AUGCCCAUCCAGCAUCCGGGUUUCCCUGAGGGUGCCGAGCACGGGAUGGGACACCCACUCAUGCAUCCGAUGGCACCCGUCUUCCGCGGUGACGGAUGGUAUCAAGCUCUCCCUCAAGACUACCCAGAUCCAUCUGCCUUUGGACCUCAGCCGCCGUUUAUCUCAGCCGCUUAUCCUCCCCCCAACGCCGCUCCCCAUUCGGUGCCAUACCGACAACAGAGACGGAUGGAACCACCGACUGGGGCAACGCUCCUGCGACGAGACGUCUAUCCGGUUCCGGUUGGUCACCCAUACGCGCGCGAAUAUGCUGUUCGCAGGGAAAGACAGAGGCAGCCUACGCCUGGGCCUUCCACUAGGCCUUCAAACCAUUCCCCUCUGCCAAUGCCCUCAAUCCUCACUUUCCCGGCGGAGCAGUGGACGACACCGAAUGCUGAAGACGCUUCUCUGCCGCCCGGUUCCGCGGUGACACCGCACACCGAGGUCGGAAGUCCGGUACAGUCGAUCUCCACAAGUUCGCGGCGGCAGACAGCGCAGCGAACCUCCGUCCCUCCGCAAGGUGGCCGUACGCCUGCUUCGCGCGUUUCCGAGUCCUACGAUCCGGGCUUUCCGCAGUCGGGUUCGAGAACCGCAGGUCGGUGCGUCGACGCGAGCGAGGCCGAGCCGACCCCAAACCCGUAUCCGCCGGGAGGACAGCUGCUCGAUUUCGGGCCGCCCGCCAGACAUCGAGGUCAAACUCUCCAACCAGCCGCCCAGAGACAGAGACGCAGGCGCAAAACGGCGCAGCGCUCGGUCGACCUGGGAUCUGCGCCUCCGAACGAACCCUCCUCGUCUACCCGGGCCGCUCAGCCAUGCCCCUCCACCUCACGCACGCAUCAGGCGGUGGCCUCGUCCUCCACUGCGGCAGGCUACGGUCAGGACGCCUCAGCAGCAUGGCCGACGGAAUCACCCCCCGAGCGUGGCGCCGCCGAAUUGCCCUCACAGUCCUCCUCCACUGCUCCACCCGCCGCCGCGCCUCUCCAAGCCCAACGCACAGCUCCCUCGUACCUCCUGCCAGAGCCUGAGCCAUGGUGGCAACAGGUGUUCCCGUCGCUAGAUGUUGUCGACCACGACUGGGUAUACUCAACGCUUCUCCACAAGCAGUGCUUCCUGAUCGAGACCUGCUUUACGUGCCCCGGCGGCAUAGCCGAUGGGCCCAACGGAGCGUGGGCUGCGCUCCUUCUAAAUCCGCCGCCGCGGCCCCCCGCCGCGCCCCCCGCCCGCUCAAGUGCUCGCGCCGUUUCGGGCCACCCCGGUGCAGCUGCACACGACGCGAGACCCAUCGCUGGCCCCAGCACCGCCCCAGACCCCAUCGGUUCCGCCUCCGCCGGCGCAGGCAGCGCUGCCUACGACGACGCUACCGCCCACGGCGGCAGAGUGAACAAGGCGCGAACCAAGAAGCCCGGCGGAAAACCGUACGACAAGCGCAAGCAGGACGGUCCGGACGGCUGA